CACCUGCUGGCCUGGACCCUGACGACCCGGCGGAACCGGCGUCGCGCGCGCUGCAGGAGCCACGGCCGCGGGCGGGGCCCUCGCGGAUGCGCGCCUCCGCGUUCUCGCGAACCCGGCAGGUCUGAGGCGGCGAAGCGGGGCGGAGGCCUUGGAGCCCGCGGCUAGCAGGGCGGGGGGCGUGGGCGCUCGCUCUUGUUGGUGACCCAGGCUGGGCUUCAGGAACUACUUUUAACUCCAAGAGAAAACUAGAAGCACAAUGGGAGAUGACAGUGAGUGGUUGAAACUACCAGUUGAUCAGAAAUGUGAACACAAGCUAUGGAAAGCAAGAUUAAGUGGGUAUGAAGAGGCCCUGAAGAUCUUCCAGAAAAUAAAGGAUGAAAAGAGUCCAGAAUGGUCUAAAUACUUAGGAUUAAUCAAAAAAUUUGUCACUGAUUCCAAUGCUGUGGUUCAACUGAAAGGACUAGAAGCUGCACUUGUCUAUGUUGAAAAUGCUCAUGUUGCAGGAAAAACAACGGGAGACGUUGUAUCAGGUGUUGUAAGCAAAGUCUUCAAUCAACCUAAAGCCAAAGCCAAGGAGCUGGGCAUAGAGAUUUGCCUUAUGUACGUAGAGAUUGAAAAAGGAGAGUCUGUACAAGAAGAGCUCUUAAGAGGCCUGGAUAAUAAGAACCCCAAGAUCAUAGUGGCUUGUAUAGAAACACUGCGGAAAGCCUUAAGUGAAUUUGGUUCCAAAAUCAUCUCACUUAAGCCAAUUAUUAAAGUUUUGCCAAAACUAUUUGAAUCUCGAGACAAGGCUGUUCGGGAUGAAGCCAAACUAUUUGCUAUAGAGAUUUAUCGAUGGAAUCGAGAUGCUGUGAAACACACAUUACAAAAUAUAAAUUCUGUCCAGUUGAAAGAAUUAGAAGAAGAGUGGGUCAAGCUGCCAACAGGUGCUCCUAGGCCAAGUCGGUUUCUGCGUUCCCAACAAGAACUAGAAGCUAAACUGGAACAGCAACAGUCUGCUGGUGGAGAUGCAGAAGGCGGUGGUGAUGAUGGUGAUGAGGUACCACAGAUAGAUGCUUAUGAGCUUUUAGAAGCAGUAGAGAUCCUUUCCAAACUUCCCAAAGACUUUUAUGACAAAAUUGAGGCAAAAAAAUGGCAAGAGAGAAAAGAAGCUCUGGAGGCUGUAGAAGUACUAGUGAAAAACCCCAAGCUGGAAGCAGGCGAUUAUGCAGACUUAGUAAAAGCAUUGAAGAAGGUUGUUGGAAAAGACACCAAUGUCAUGUUAGUAGCUUUGGCAGCAAAAUGUCUUACUGGCUUAGCUGUUGGGCUAAGAAAGAAAUUUGGACAAUAUGCAGGACAUGUUGUGCCAACAAUUUUGGAAAAAUUCAAAGAGAAGAAACCUCAAGUGGUGCAAGCGCUGCAGGAGACAAUUGAUGCAAUCUUCCUCACUACCACACUACAGAACAUCAGUGAGGAUGUUUUAGCAGUAAUGGACAAUAAAAAUCCCACCAUCAAGCAGCAGACAUCACUUUUUAUUGCAAGAAGCUUUCGUCACUGCACUUCCUCUACAUUGCCGAAGAGUCUGCUAAAGCCCUUUUGUGCUGCUUUACUUAAGCAAAUCAAUGAUUCUGCUCCUGAAGUCAGAGAUGCUGCAUUUGAAGCACUGGGUACUGCUUUGAAGGUGGUUGGUGAGAAAACAGUAAAUCCCUUUUUAGCUGAUGUUGACAAACUCAAACUUGAUAAGAUCAAAGAAUGUUCAGAAAAAGUAGAACUGGUUCAUGGUAAAAAAUCUGGACUUGCUGCUGAAAAGAAGGAGUCCAAGCCUCUACCUGGAAGGGCAGCAGCAUCAGGGGCUGCUGGGGACAAAGACACAAAAGAUGUUGCAGGACCCAAACCAGGACCAUUGAAAAAAGCACCUACUGCUAAGGCUGGCGGACCACCUAAAAAAGGCAAAACAACUGCACCAGGUGGCUCAGCAAGUGCUGGAACAAAGAAUAAGAAAGGAUUGGAGACCAAAGAAAUAGUGGAGGCAGAGCUCUCAAUUGAAGUAUGUGAAGAAAAAGCUUCAGCUGUCCUUCCCCCAACCUGUAUUCAACUUCUAGACAGUAGCAACUGGAAGGAAAGGUUGGCCUGUAUGGAAGAAUUCCAAAAGGCUGUUGAACUAAUGGAGCGAACUGAAAUGCCAUGCCAGGCAUUGGUGAAGAUGCUAGCAAAAAAACCUGGAUGGAAAGAAACUAAUUUUCAGGUGAUGCAGAUGAAGCUUCACAUUGUUGCUUUGAUUGCCCAGAAGGGAAAUUUUUCUAAAACAUCUGCUCAGAUUGUAUUAGAUGGCCUUGUAGACAAGAUUGGAGAUGUGAAAUGUGGGAACAAUGCAAAGGAAGCUCUGACAGCAAUAGCUGAAGCGUGUAUGCUGCCCUGGACGGCUGAACAGGUGAUGUCAAUGGCCUUCUCACAAAAGAAUCCUAAGAAUCAGUCAGAAACUCUAAAUUGGCUAUCAAAUGCAAUAAAAGAAUUUGGAUUUUCUGAGUUGAAUGUCAAAGCUUUCAUUAGCAAUGUGAAGACUGCUCUUGCUGCAACAAAUCCAGCUGUGAGAACUUCUGCUAUCACCCUGCUUGGAGUGAUGUAUCUAUAUGUUGGUCCUUCUUUGAGAAUGAUCUUUGAGGAUGAGAAACCUGCCCUCCUAUCCCAGAUAGAUGCAGAAUUUCAAAAGAUGCAGGGACAAAGCCCUCCUGCUCCAACCAGAGGAAUUUCUAAGCACAGCACAAGUGGUACUGAUGAAGGAGAAGAUGGAGAUGAACCGGGUGACACGGGCAAUGAUGUUGUUGAUCUUUUGCCAAGGAUUGAGAUCAGUGACAAAAUUACUUCAGAGUUGGUGUCUAAGAUUGGUGACAAGAAUUGGAAGAUCAGGAAAGAAGGCCUAGAUGAAGUGGCAGGUAUUAUCAAUGAAGCAAAAUUUAUCCAACCAAAUAUAGGUGAACUUCCAACUGCCUUGAAGGGUCGACUGAAUGAUUCAAACAAAAUCUUGGUGCAGCAGACAUUGAACAUCCUUCAGCAACUGGCAGUAGCCAUGGGUCCAAACAUCAAGCAACAUGUCAAGAACCUAGGCAUCCCUGUCAUUACUGUUCUUGGAGACAGCAAGAACAAUGUUCGAGCUGCUGCCCUAGCAACUGUGAAUGCUUGGGCAGAACAGACUGGCAUGAAAGAAUGGCUGGAGGGAGAAGAUCUUUCUGAAGAACUUAAAAAGGAAAAUCCCUUCCUGAGGCAAGAGCUUCUGGGAUGGCUGGCAGAGAAACUACCUACGCUCCGUUCCACUCCCACAGAUAUUAUCCUUUGUGUUCCUCAUCUGUAUUCCUGUCUAGAAGAUCGAAAUGGAGAUGUACGGAAGAAGGCCCAAGAUGCUUUGCCAUUCUUUAUGAUGCAUUUAGGAUAUGAAAAAAUGGCUAAGGCUACUGGGAAACUAAAGCCAACUUCUAAAGAUCAAGUACUGGCCAUGCUAGAAAAGGCCAAAGCUAACAUGCCAUCCAAGCCUUCUGCACCUGCUAAGGCAGUGUCCAAACCAAUGGGAGGGUUGGCUCCAGCCAAAGCCCAGCCUAUACCAGCACCUGUUGAAGAUUCUGUUUCCAGCACCAUAGAACCUAAGCCUGAUCUGAAAAAGGCUAAAGCUCCAGGAGUUUCUUCCAAAGCAAAGAGUGCACAAGGGAAGAAAGUGCCAAGCAAAACCACCUUAAAGGAAGAUGAUGACAAAUCUGGGCCUAUUUUUAUUGUUGUUCCAAAUGGAAAGGAGCAAAGGAUGAGAGAUGAGAAAGGAUUAAAGGUGCUAAAAUGGAAUUUUACUACACCACGUGAUGAAUACAUUGAACAGCUGAAGACUCAGAUGUCUAGCUGUGUGGCUAAAUGGUUACAAGAUGAAAUGUUUCACUCAGAUUUUCAGCAUCACAAUAAAGCCCUGGCUGUCAUGGUUGAUCACUUGGAAAGUGAAAAAGACGGAGUCAUCAGUUGCUUAGAUCUUAUCUUAAAAUGGCUUACCCUCCGUUUUUUCGACACCAAUACAAGCGUCCUAAUGAAAGCACUGGAAUAUUUAAAGUUGCUCUUCACCCUGCUGAGUGAGGAAGAGUAUCAUCUUACUGAGAAUGAAGCAUCCUCCUUUAUCCCCUAUCUCAUCCUCAAGGUUGGAGAACCAAAGGAUGUCAUUCGUAAAGAUGUCCGUGCUAUCCUGAACCGGAUGUGCCUUGUCUACCCAGCCAGCAAAAUGUUCCCCUUCAUCAUGGAAGGGACCAAGUCCAAAAACUCUAAGCAGAGAGCAGAGUGCCUGGAAGAGCUAGGUUGCUUAAUUGAGUCCUAUGGUAUGAAUGUUUGUCAGCCAACCCCAGGAAAAGCCUUAAAGGAGAUAGCUAUUCACAUAGGAGACCGAGACAAUGCUGUACGGAAUGCUGCCCUCAACACCAUUGUAACAGUGUACAACGUGCAUGGAGAUCAGGUGUUCAAACUGAUUGGAAAUCUUUCUGAGAAGGACAUGAGCAUGCUUGAGGAGAGAAUAAAGCGGUCAGCAAAGAGACCCUCUGCUGCACCUGUGAAACAGGCUGAAGAGAAACCUCAGCGCACACAGAACAUAAACUCUAAUGCCAACAUGCUACGCAAGGGACCAACUGAGGACAUGUCCUCCAAACUUAAAAUUAUGUAUCGCACUUAUAGGAUUCAAGCUCGAAGCAUGAGUGGUCAUCCUGAAGCAGCCCAGAUGGUUCACCGAGAAUUCCAGCUGGAUUUAGAUGAGAUUGAAAAUGAUAAUGGUUCAGUCCGCUGUGAAAUGCCAGAGCUUGUCCAGCACAAACUUGAUGACAUUUUUGAACCUGUCCUUAUUCCUGAACCUAAGAUCCGGGCUGUUUCUCCACAUUUUGAUGACAUGCACAGUAAUACAGCAUCCACAAUCAAUUUCAUUAUCUCCCAAGUAGCCAGUGGUGACAUCAACACAAGUAUCCAAGCUCUGACACAGAUUGAUGAAGUCCUGAGGCAGGAAGACAAAGCUGAAGCUAUGUCUGGCCACAUUGAUCAGUUUCUGAUAGCAACAUUCAUGCAGCUAAGACUCAUCUACAGCACACACAUGGCAGAUGAGAAGUUGGACAAAGAUGAAAUCAUCAAGUUGUAUAGCUGUAUCAUUGGCAACAUGAUUUCGCUAUUUCAGAUAGAGAGCUUGGCCCGGGAGGCCUCCACUGGAGUACUGAAAGACCUGAUGCAUGGACUGAUCACCUUAAUGCUGGAUUCUCGAAUUGAAGAUCUGGAGGAAGGACAACAGGUGAUUCGUUCUGUGAACCUCUUGGUGGUGAAGGUUUUGGAGAAAUCAGACCAGACCAAUAUCCUCAGUGCCCUGCUUGUUUUACUUCAGGACAGCCUGCUAGCAACAGCUAGUUCUCCCAAAUUCUCAGAGCUUGUUAUGAAGUGUCUAUGGAGAAUGGUUCGUCUAUUGCCUGACACCAUCAACAGCAUUAACCUAGACAGAAUUCUUCUGGACAUCCACAUUUUCAUGAAGGUCUUUCCCAAAGAGAAAUUGAAGCAAUGCAAAAGUGAAUUUCCUAUAAGGACUCUAAAGACCCUUCUGCAUACUUUAUGCAAAUUAAAAGGACCUAAGAUCCUAGACCACCUUACAAUGAUUGAUAACAAGAAUGAGUCAGAACUGGAGGCCCACCUAUGUCGCAUGAUGAAGCAUAGUAUGGACCAGACUGGGAGCAAGUCUGAUAAGGAAACAGAAAAGGGAGCUUCUCGAAUAGAUGAAAAAUCAUCAAAGGCCAAAGUAAAUGAUUUCUUAGCUGAGAUUUUUAAGAAGAUUGGCUCUAAAGAGAACACUAAGGAGGGCCUAGCAGAGUUAUAUGAAUAUAAGAAGAAAUAUUCAGAUACUGACAUUGAACCAUUUCUGAAAAAUUCCUCACAGUUCUUUCAGAGUUAUGUUGAGAGAGGCCUUCGGGUGAUUGAGAUGGAGAGAGAAAGCAAAGGCCGCAUUCCCACUUCAACAGGUAUUUCCCCACAGAUGGAGGUCACAUGUGUGCCCACUCCCACAAGCACAGUGUCCUCUCUAGGUAACACAAAUGGAGAAGAAGUGGGGCCAUCUGUCUACCUGGAAAGGCUAAAAAUUCUCCGGCAGCGGUGUGGUCUUGACAACACAAAGCAAGAUGACCGACCUCCACUGACCUCUUUGCUCUCCAAACCAGCAAUUCCUCCAGUUGCCUCUUCCACAGACAUGCUCCAUAGCAAGCUCUCACAGCUCCGGGAAUCCCGGGAACAACACCAGCACUCAGACCUAGAUUCCAACCAGACCUACUCUGCAGGAACCAUGACCUCCUCCUCCUCCACAACUAACAUUGAUGACUUGAAAAAGAGACUGGAGAGAAUAAAGAGCAGUCGCAAAUGAAGCUGCCGCAUCCCUCAGCACUCUGCAGCUUUAGUUUACUAAUCUAGAAGUCCUAUAGUGUGAAGCAGCCACUGCAGGCCUCAUUGUACACAAACUGAUUGUAUGUAUCAGACUGCAGAUGGGGAAGAGCAGUGGUGGCUCAAGUCUGCACAUGGUCUGCUUCUAAAGACUGACUGUGGGUUAGCUUAGUGUACAGACUUCUAAACAGCUGCUCCCUCAGCUCAGAGUAGUUUCCAUAUCCUUUUUUUGCUUCGUUUUUUUUAAUGGCUCAUUUGUAAAAUUGUCCUAAUUUUUCCUAGCUUUCAGCCAUUAGAAACUCUUUUAAUAGUUCCUUUUGAGUUGUGAGCUCUUCUUCUGUAGCCCUGAAGGGACACUGUAUUCUGUAUGAAUGCAUGGCAUGAGACAACUAAUUUAAGAGUCUUUUAUAAAUAAAGUUUGCAUUAACUAUACCCAUUUCCCAAAA